AUGGGUUUCCUGAAACUGAUUGAGAUUGAGAACUUUAAGUCCUACAAGGGGAGACAGAUCAUCGGACCAUUUCAGAGGUUCACAGCCAUCAUUGGACCUAAUGGCUCUGGUAAGUCAAACCUCAUGGAUGCCAUCAGUUUUGUGUUGGGUGAAAAGACCAGUAACCUGCGGGUAAAGACUCUGCGAGACCUGAUCCAUGGAGCUCCUGUAGGCAAACCAGCUGCUAAUCGGGCUUUUGUUAGCAUGGUCUACUCUGAGGAAGGUGCUGAGGACCGGACCUUUGCCCGUGUCAUUGUUGGGGGUUCUUCUGAGUACAAGAUCAACAACAAAGUGGUCCAGCUACAUGAAUACAGUGAAGAAUUAGAGAAGUUGGGCAUUCUUAUAAAAGCUCGUAACUUCCUCGUCUUUCAGGGUGCUGUGGAAUCUAUUGCCAUGAAGAACCCCAAAGAGAGGACAGCUCUAUUUGAAGAGAUCAGUCGCUCUGGGGAGCUGGCCCAGGAGUAUGACAAGCGAAAGAAGGAAAUGGUGAAGGCUGAAGAGGAUACUCAGUUUAAUUAUCAUCGUAAGAAAAACAUUGCAGCAGAACGUAAGGAGGCCAAGCAGGAGAAGGAGGAGGCUGACCGCUACCAGCGCCUGAAGGAUGAGGUGGUGCGAGCUCAGGUGCAGCUACAGCUCUUUAAGCUUUACCACAAUGAAGUGGAAAUUGAGAAGCUCAAUAAGGAACUGGCAUCUAAGAACAAGGAAAUUGAAAAGGAGAAGGACUCAGAGCUGAACCAGAAGCGACCUCAGUACAUCAAAGCCAAGGAGAAUACCUCUCACAAAAUCAAAAAGCUGGAAGCAGCCAAAAAGUCCUUGCAGAAUGCCCAGAAGCACUACAAGAAACGUAAAGGUGACAUGGAUGAGCUAGAGAAGGAGAUGCUGUCCGUAGAGAAAGCCCGACAGGAGUUUGAGGAACGAAUGGAAGAGGAGAGCCAGAGUCAGGGUAGAGACUUGACCCUGGAGGAGAACCAGGUGAAGAAGUACCACCGGUUGAAAGAAGAAGCCAGCAAGAGAGCAGCUACCCUGGCCCAGGAGUUGGAGAAGUUCAAUCGAGACCAAAAAGCUGACCAGGACCGGCUAGAUCUGGAAGAGCGGAAGAAAGUUGAGACAGAGGCCAAGAUUAAGCAAAAGCUGCGGGAGAUUGAAGAGAAUCAGAAGCGGAUUGAGAAACUGGAGGAAUACAUUACCACUAGCAAGCAGUCCCUAGAGGAGCAGAAGAAGCUCGAAGGGGAGCUGACAGAGGAGGUGGAAAUGGCCAAGCGGCGUAUUGAUGAAAUCAAUAAGGAACUAAACCAGGUGAUGGAGCAGCUGGGGGAUGCCCGCAUUGACCGCCAGGAGAGCAGCCGCCAACAGCGAAAGGCAGAGAUCAUGGAAAGCAUCAAGCGCCUUUACCCUGGCUCUGUGUAUGGCCGCCUCAUUGACCUCUGCCAGCCCACACAAAAGAAGUAUCAGAUUGCUGUAACCAAGGUUUUGGGCAAGAACAUGGAUGCCAUUAUUGUGGACUCAGAGAAGACAGGCCGGGACUGUAUUCAGUAUAUCAAGGAACAGCGUGGAGAGCCUGAGACCUUCUUGCCUCUUGACUACCUGGAGGUGAAACCUACAGAUGAGAAACUCCGGGAGCUCAAAGGGGCCAAGCUAGUGAUUGAUGUGAUUCGCUAUGAGCCACCUCACAUCAAAAAGGCCCUGCAGUAUGCUUGUGGUAAUGCCCUUGUCUGUGACAAUGUGGAAGAUGCCCGCCGCAUUGCCUUUGGAGGCCACCAGCGCCACAAGACAGUGGCAUUGGAUGGGACCCUAUUCCAGAAGUCUGGAGUGAUCUCUGGUGGGGCCAGUGACCUGAAGGCCAAGGCACGACGCUGGGAUGAGAAAGCAGUAGACAAAUUGAAAGAGAAGAAGGAGCGAUUGACAGAGGAGCUGAAAGAGCAGAUGAAAGCAAAGAGGAAAGAGGCAGAGCUGCGUCAGGUACAGUCUCAGGCCCAUGGACUGCAGAUGCGGCUUAAGUACUCACAGAGUGACCUAGAACAGACCAAGACACGACAUCUAGCCCUGAAUCUGCAGGAAAAGUCCAAGCUGGAGAGUGAACUAGCCAACUUUGGGCCUCGCAUCAAUGAUAUCAAAAGGAUCAUCCAGAGCCGAGAGAGAGAAAUGAAAGACUUGAAGGAGAAGAUGAACCAGGUAGAAGAUGAAGUAUUUGAAGAGUUUUGUCGGGAGAUUGGUGUGCGCAACAUCCGGGAGUUUGAGGAAGAGAAGGUGAAGAGGCAGAAUGAAAUUGCCAAGAAGCGUUUGGAGUUUGAGAAUCAGAAGACUCGCUUGGGUAUCCAGUUGGAUUUUGAAAAGAACCAACUGAAGGAGGACCAAGAUAAAGUGCACAUGUGGGAGCAGACAGUGAAAAAGGAUGAGAAUGAGAUAGAAAAGCUGAAGAAGGAGGAGCAAAGACAUAUGAAGAUCAUAGAUGAGACCAUGGCCCAGUUGCAAGACCUGAAGAACCAACACCUUGCCAAGAAGUCGGAAGUGAAUGAUAAGAAUCAUGAGAUGGAGGAGAUUCGUAAGAAACUGGGAGGUGCCAACAAGGAAAUGACCCACUUACAGAAGGAGGUGACAGCCAUUGAGACCAAGCUUGAACAGAAGCGCAGUGACCGCCACAACCUGCUACAGGCCUGCAAGAUGCAGGACAUCAAGUUGCCACUGUCUAAGGGCACCAUGGAUGAUAUUAGUCAGGAAGAGGGUAGCUCCCAGGGGGAGGAUUCAGUGAGUGGUUCCCAGAGAACUUCCAGUAUCUAUGCCCGAGAGGCUCUCAUUGAGAUUGACUAUGGCGACCUGUGUGAGGAUCUAAAGGAUGCCCAGGCUGAGGAGGAGAUCAAGCAGGAGAUGAACACACUGCAGCAGAAGCUGAAUGAGCAGCAAAGUAUACUCCAGCGAAUUGCUGCCCCCAACAUGAAGGCCAUGGAAAAGCUGGAAAGUGUCCGAGACAAGUUCCAGGAGACCUCAGAUGAAUUUGAGGCAGCCCGAAAACGAGCCAAGAAGGCAAAGCAGGCAUUUGAACAGAUCAAGAAGGAGCGCUUUGACCGCUUUAAUGCUUGUUUUGAAUCUGUGGCCACCAACAUUGAUGAGAUCUAUAAAGCCCUGUCCCGCAACAGCAGUGCCCAGGCAUUUCUGGGCCCUGAGAACCCCGAGGAGCCCUACUUGGAUGGCAUCAACUAUAACUGCGUAGCUCCUGGCAAACGCUUCCGGCCUAUGGACAACUUGUCAGGGGGGGAGAAAACAGUGGCAGCUCUGGCCCUGCUCUUUGCCAUCCACAGCUACAAGCCAGCCCCUUUCUUUGUUCUGGAUGAGAUUGAUGCUGCCCUGGAUAACACCAACAUUGGCAAGGUGGCAAAUUACAUCAAGGAGCAGUCGACUUGCAACUUUCAGGCCAUUGUCAUCUCUCUCAAGGAGGAGUUCUACACCAAGGCUGAGAGCCUCAUUGGAGUCUAUCCUGAGCAAGGGGACUGUGUGAUCAGCAAAGUCCUGACCUUCGACCUCACCAAGUACCCAGAUGCCAACCCCAACCCCAAUGAGCAGUAG